CUAAGGACUAAUCUGAAGGAAGAAUUUCAAGUUCAUGAUAACUUUCAUAAGGCCCACUAUGUCACUGGCAGCAUGAAUGACAGUCUACCUGAACAUUACCUUGUACAGGGGAAAUACUUUAUGAUUAAUGAUAUCAACGACAAAAUCGAUGUUCUUCUUACCCUGAAGAGUUAUGGAGCACCAAAUUUUCGACCGAUUCAGCUCGGCUAUUCUGUAUAUGGCAUGGGGCAAACAACACUGAAUGGCUUCCAGAUAGUAUUACAAAAACUAAAGGAAGAAGGAAAUCAGGAAAUUAUUUACUUCAAUGUGCGAGAGGAGCCUGUCAUUUUUCUUCAUCAGGAGGACGAUUUUGUUCCUUAUACCCCACGUGACCAUGAUGACCUUCAAGAAAAUCUCUAUAAUCUGACUUCAAGAGAUCAGGUGGAAAAUCUGGAAUUAAUCAUUAAAAAUGAGCUGCUGGAUUUUGCUGUUUUGAGCAACAAAGUAUACUUUGUUUAUCAUGGCACAGAGCAAUUUGUUGCUGAGCCUCUCCCAAAGACAAUUGAGAACGUGGAAGAUGUUCGUAUCUCCGAGGAGGUCUAUAGAGGCUAUGUGUUUACAAUGCCAUACUUCAGAUAUAAACGAUUGCCUUUGCCUGUUGCUGACACCCUGGAAGAAGCAGACUUUGACGCCUUCAUUAGCACAGUAAGGGAAAGCAGGGAGAUCUUCAGUGUUCCUGAUGUUUACACCGGCAAGAAGUGCAUUCAGCUACAGCUUCUUACUCUCUGUGUCAAGCAGCUGGAGCUGAAUGAACUCCGGAUCAUUAGAGAGGCUGUGGGGUUGAUCAACAGGACAUACAAGAAGGUAGUUACACCCAAGGACUGUCCAAACAUCAUUUUCAGGACAGGUCCCAAGCCACCUCCUGCCCUACUCUUCAGCUGUCAAACAGGAAUUGGACGUUCUAAUCUUGGAAUGGUGAUAGGUGCACUGAUCAUAGCCCACAGAACAACAUUUCCUCAAAUGGAAAGGCUAGCCACAGCGGACCACAGGCUGGAGCUGAACUGGGCGCCUCUGUCGGAGGUAAUGUGGGCCAGUAUCCUGAAGCGUGCUAUCCAGGUUGCAAUCAGCACUCGGGCGCAGGAAUUGACCGUGGUGUUGUUCCGCUCCCGCCCUCUCUGGGUGGAAAUGACGUCAGAGGUGCAUUACAAAAGUCUUUUCCCGCGUGCAGGCUUUCUUCCCUUGCUGGUGAAGAAGAAGGCCCAGCGCCAUUUUGGGGCUGGACCCUCUGCCGACCCGCGCGCCAUUUUGACGCUGAAGAAAGCUGGUCUACCUGAACAGAUGCUGGUGACCUUUUACCGCUGCACCAUAGAGAGCAUCUUAACAUACUGCAUCUCUGUGUGGUAUCUCAGUUGUACAGCAGCUGAUAGGAGAGCACUUCAGCGGGUCGUCUCUAGCGCACAGAAGACCAUCGGGACACAGCUCCCAGCCCUGGAGGACACCUACAGCUCACGCUGCCUAAGGAAAGCUACAAGCAUUCACGAUCUCAGGAGGUUUACUAGGGUGUUGUGUCUAAACCUGAGAGAAGAAGCAGUGUUGCACGCAGAUGGGCAAUUUUAUUCACUCAGGGAAGCCAGCAGUCUCCAGCAGGAGAUCAUUAUCCCAGCCAUAACAGUGGAACAACUCGAGGAAGUUGAGUCUGCCUCCAAAAUGGACCUGUUGAGCUCCAAGCACCCCACAGAGAUAUGGCAGGAAGAAACAAAAGAAAUGAAACAGUUCAGCUCCUGCUUGACUCUGAAGGAGUUUUACAGCCAGGCCUUCAUACAAUAUCCUCAGCUGCAAUACCAACGCAUUCCAAUUACCGACUGUGCAGCUCCUACAGAAGAGGAAUUUGAUACCUUCCUUAGUGUCAUAAGGUCAAAUUUAAUAGUAGAUCAAAACACAGUGAUUGUCUUAAAUUGUCGCAAUGGUAAAGGAAGGACCACAGCUGGCAUGGCUAUCUCCCUGCUUCUGGUCUGGCAUAUAAAAGGGUUUCCAGAACCUACUGUGGAGGAUAUGGUGAGCAUCCCUGAUGCAAAGUAUACAAAGGGCGAGUUUGAGGUAAUUCUUAGUCUGGUCCGUAUUCUUCCAAACGGUGACGAAAUGAAAAAGGAAGUGGACAGGGCUCUUGAUGCAGUGAGUGACUCAAUGACUCCCAUGAUGCACCACUUAAGGGAGCUUAUCCUCAACACGUAUAAGAAGUCAAAAGGAGCUAAGGAUAAAGAUACUGCAGAAAGCUUACAUUUGCGUAGUCUACAAUACCUAGAGAGGUACCUGUACCUGAUUCUUUUUAACACUUAUCUACACUUGGAGAAACCAGGAACAUGGAAAAGAACCUUCAAAGAGUGGAUGACUGAGGUGGCAGCUCCCGCAGGUGUGUUUGAAAUCCUGGACAAGUUGGGAUUCUCAGAGUUUGAAGAUCCAGAAUCUACCGCAAUGUGCAGGAUGCGUAACCGAUGGCAGAAGCAGAGAGGAUACAAGGUCCCGACAUUUGGUGAAAUGAUUUGA